AUGAAAGUAAAACAAAUUGCAGUCAUUGGUGCCGGAGUCAGCGGACUGGGUGCCAUUAAGAGCUGCUUGGAGGAGGGACUUGAGCCUACAUGCUUUGAACAGAGCAGUGAUAUUGGAGGACUAUGGAGAUACGAGGAGAUACCAGAAAGUGGAAAGCCUGGGAUAUACAAAUCUUUGACCUGCAAUACGUCCAAGGAGAUGACAGCCUUCAGUGACUACCCCAUCCCCGACCAUUACCCCAACUACAUGCACAACUCCAAAAUGAUGGAGUAUCUCAGGAUGUACGCCAAGCACUUCGGGCUCUUAAAACACAUCCAGUUCCAGACAAAGGUGUGCACAGUGAGGAAGCGCCCUGAUUUUUCAUCCUCUGGCCAGUGGGACGUUGUGGUGGAAGCUGAUGGGAAGCAGAAAGCUUACAUCUUUGAUGGGGUCAUGGUCUGCAGUGGUCACUACACUGAGAAGCAUCUGCCCUUACAGGAUUUUGCAGGAAUCACCCAGUUCCAAGGCAGCUAUAUUCACAGCUGGGAAUACAAGAACCCAGAUAGUUUCAUGGGGAAGAGAGUGGUCGUGAUUGGCAUUGGGAACUCUGGAGCAGACGUGGCAGGCGAGAUCAGUCAUGUUGCUGAACAGGUUUUCCUCAGCACAAGACGAGGGACGUGGAUAUGGAACCGAGUUUGGGAUAACGGGAAUCCUCUGGACACCACCCUCUUCACUCGUUAUAAUAGAAUCAUGGGAAGGCUCUAUCCCACAUUCUUGAUAAACAGAUGGGCAGAGAAUAAAUUAAAUGCAAGAUUUAACCAUGCCAAUUACGGACUGCAGGCUAAACACAGAUUUCUCAGCCAUCAGUCUAUCUUCGGUGACGAUCUGCCAAAUCGCAUCAUUACCGGGAAAGUGGUGAUCAAGACAAACGUCAAAGAGUUCACCUCGACAUCCGCCAUCUUUGAGGAUGGUACUGAGGAGCCCGUGGAUGUUGUUGUCUUUGCCACAGGCUACACCUUCUCUUUCCCUUUCUUGGAUGACAACUCUGAAAUCCUGGACAGCAAACACACAAUGUUUAAAUUUGUCUUCCCUCCUCAGUUAGAGAAGCCGACACUAGCUUUCAUUGGCAUCCUCCAGCCAGUGGGAGCCACCAUUCCCACGUCAGAGCUCCAAAGCCGAUGGGUUGUGCGUGUGUUCACAGGACUAAAAAAGUUACCCUCACAGAGCGACAUGAUGGCAGCCAUCAACAGAAGGAAGCAGAAAAUGCAGAAGGAGCUUGUGGAGAGUCCCAGAGGCGUACAUCGCGUGCAGUUCAUCGACUACAUGGACGAAAUUGCUUCGGAGAUAGGGGUCAAACCCAACCUGCUCUCUCUCUUCCUCUGGGAUACAAAGCUGGCCAAGGAGAUUUUCUGGGGACCCUGCACCCCAUACCAGUACCGUCUCCAGGGGCCAGGGAAAUGGGCUGGGGCUCGGGGAGCCAUCCUCACUCAGAGAGACCGGAUCCUCAAACCCCUAAGAACCCGGGUUCUCAAACAAUCUGAGGCAUCACCCUCUGGUCUAUUUUGGGUCAGAUGUAUCUGUAUUGUCAUUUUUCUCUUUGUUCCCGUGUUAGUUAUCAUGAAAGUGACAUAUUCCUAA